AACUACAAAUUACCAAGAUGUCUUUUGAUGCUCGACGAUCGGCGUUAGAGCCUUUCAAUGACACUGUUGACAGCAAAGACUUGCGCCGGGAGUGGGAGGAGUGGCACCGGGCUUUCGAACUGACCCUGGAACUCCGGAAUGUCGAGACGCAGCAUGAAAAACUGGUAUUGCUCCUAGCGCACGGUGGUAGAGGGUUGCAACGCAUUUUCUACAAUCUGCGCCCCAUGUCGGAUGAAGUUUAUCCAAAAGCAGUAGCAGUUCCCUUGAUGCCAGUCGAAAUUCCGGAAUACGACAAUGCUGUGAAAAGAUUGAAUCGUUUUUUUGUUGGGAAACGAAAUGAGAGAAUCGAGUUAGAGGUGUUCCGAUCAAUGAAGCAGGCACACGAAGAAACGAUAAACCAAUUUCUUUUGCGAUUGCGAGCGCAAGCGACGCGGUGCGAUUUCUACGAACGAGAAGAAAAGGAGAUACUGCAGCAGAUCACUAUGGGUGCUCGAGACGAAAGAGUUCGUGAUAAGGGACUGGAAGAUGUCAUGAACCUAGACGAGUUGAUCAAUUAUGCAAUUAAUCGCGAAAUCUUGCUGAAACAGAAGGAAAGGGCACAGCGGUUUUCUGAGGAGCGAUUACCAACCCCGGGGGUCAACCAAAUUCGGAACAAGCGGCCGAGAUAUAACGACGUCAAUCAGAGGAAGUAUGGCGCGAACAUGAAUGGUCAGAGACGAAUAGACCUACGCGAUGGAACGGGAUGUUCUCGAUGUGGAUCGUCCAUCCACAAAGCUGAUUCAGCGAACUGCGUUGCUCGCAAUGCGAGAUGCAACAACUGUCACAAUAUAGGUCAUUUCGCAAGAAAAUGCAGAGGAGCUGGAAAUAAACGUACUUUUGAUACUCGCAACAAAUCCAACCGACCGAGGGCGGAAGCAAAUUUCGUGAGCUAUGGUGCUGAAUUGAAGGAAGAAGCGAUGAAGCAAACAGAGGGGGAGCAGGGAACAAAGGUAUUUUCCUAAUGAUAAGGAACUAUGUUGUUGCUACUUAGUGAAUUAAUAAAUGAAGCUUUUUAACUUGAAUGUGUAAUUAAA